AUGUGCAUGUGGGGCAUUCGGAGGAAGGGCGUGGACGAGGUAGAAAUCAACGGGGAAGGGGUGGAGGGAGAGGUAGAGGCAGGUCCGGGGUGGUGUCUUCCACAGAAGAAGGAGGAGGCGCAGAUUGUUUGGAAGGUCCUGAUAGGGGAGGGCGCCAAAGAAGGGGAGGGCAGCAAGGGAGAGGAGGGAGGCAAGGAAGGGGAGGGCAGCAAGGGAGAGGAGGGAGGCAAGGAAGGGGAGGGCAGCAAGGGAGAGGAGGGAGGCAAGGAAGGGGAGGGCAGCAAGGGAGGGAUGGGCAGGAGGAAACGGGAGGGCUUCAAGGCAGGGAAUGGAAGGGCCACAUGGAAUGGGUUGGCAGGAGGGAAUGGGGGGGGCACUGGGAAUGGGUUGGCAGCAGGGAAUGGGGGGGCCAGAUUGUUUGGGAGGGCAGCAGGGAAUGGGCGAGCAGCAAGGAAUGGGAGGGCUGCAGAGAAUGAGAGAGCCGCAGACAUUGGGAGGGCCACAGGGAAUGGGAGGGCCACAGGGAAUGGGAGGGGCACAGGGAAUGGGAGGGGCACAGGGAAUGGGAGGGGCACAGGGAAUGGGAGGGGCGCAGGGAAUGGGCGGGCAGCAGAGAAUGGUUGGGCGGCAGAGAAUGGGAGAGCCGCAGAUAUUAUGAGGGCCACAGGGAAUGGGAGGGCCACAGGGAAUGGGAGGGCCACAGGGCAUGGGAGGGCCACAGGGAAUGGGAGGGCCACAGGGAAUGGGAGGGCCACAGGGAAUGGGAGGGCCACAGAGAAUGGGAGGGCCUCAGGGAAGGGGUGGGCAGCAGGGAAGGUGCGGGCAGCAGGGAAUGGGCGGGCAGCAGGGAAUGGGCGGGCAGCAGGGAAUGGGAGGGUUGUUACAAAGGCAAUUUAG